UUAUUAUCUUUCUUGUUGAAUAUUUUAGUACAAUGGCAUGACUCAUAUGAUAUUUAUGUUAUUUUAUUGAAAAACACCUUGUAUAAUUCUGUUUUACUAGGAUCAAAGAAAUAUUUGGAGCACAAAUUCUAUGUUUUGUGCUAUGAAGACUUUAUGAAAGAAGACCCGAAAAAAACCGAAAACCCGAAAAAUCCGAGAUUAAAAACCUCGAUUUUUAUUGGCUUGGUUUGAUAAUUGAAAAAUUCGAACUAACCCGGCCUAUGUAUACUCCUAAAAACAAGUGAACAUCCCUUUUCUAACCAUUUACUUUUCUCUAUAAAUGGAAAACUUAUCCUUAAUAACAACAGUUGAAAAAAGGGGGGUUUAAGAGACAUAACUUGUCUUUAAUGGAAAAGGUAAAACUGUGGAAGGAACUGUGAGAAAAAGGUGCAAAGAUUUGGGGAAAUCUUUCUUUUCUGAUGACUUUUUCUUCUUCAACUUGGCAACAUGUGAUGGCUGGCUUCUCUAUACUCUUAUAUAAACUAAAUAAAGACCCCAAACAAAAGGGAACUCAAAAGAAAAUCCCUUAAAUUCUCCCACCUAAAGUAGACAGUCUUCAUACGGAUUCUUACCACUCAAUAUAGGUUGACUCUCCCACUCAUAUAAUCUUAAAUCUUCUCCUUUAUAUUUCCUCUUCAACUCUUCACUCUUUGCUCUUCUAUCUUCUACUUACUUUGAUAGAAAGAACAUAGCAAAAAAUAUCAUUUUUUUUUAUUUCCUUUAUCAAAGAGAUGACGUGCCAAAGCUUUGUUUUCACCAGAAAAAAGAACGUUCUGUUCCUAAGAAGCUUCACAAUUUUAGUGCUAAGCUGGGUAAUUAUCAAACCAGAAUUUUGUUUUUCCAGUGUCCUAUCCUCAUUGAAAGCCCUUCAUUUACAAGGCCAUAUUACUUUCGAAAACAAUGAGUUUGCAGCCCGAGAUUUCGGCAACCAAAUUCAUGUCCACCCUUUAGCAGUAGUCCAUCCCAAAUCCGUUGCUGAUAUUUCAGAAAUAAUUAAACAUGUCUGGCAAAUGGGUCCGGGUUCUGAAUUAACCGUAGCCGCGCGAGGCCACGGUCAUUCGCUUCAGGGCCAGGCGCAAGCGCGACGUGGAGUUAUAAUCAACAUGGAGUCACUACAGGGUCAGGAAAUGCAGGUCUACAGGGGUCAAUUCCCUUAUGUAGAUGUCUCAGCUGGUGAAUUGUGGAUUAAUAUAUUGCAUGAAACUUUGAAAUAUGGAUUAGCACCAAAAUCUUGGACUGACUACCUCCAUCUUACUGUUGGAGGUACACUGUCUAAUGCUGGCAUCAGUGGACAGGCAUUUCGACACGGCCCUCAGAUCAGUAAUGUCCACCAGCUGGAGGUUGUUACAGGAAAAGGAGAAGUCUUAAUUUGUUCAAAGGAACAGAAUGCUGACCUAUUCCAUGCUGUUUUGGGAGGACUUGGACAGUUUGGCAUAAUAACUAGAGCAAGAAUCUCUCUGGAACGAGCCCCAAGGAUGGUGAAAUGGAUAAGAGUGUUGUACUCUGAUUUCUCCACAUUUGCCAGAGACCAAGAGCAUUUGAUAUCUGCAGCUAAAACAUUUGAUUACAUAGAAGGGCUGGUGAUAAAGAACAAAACAGGUCUAAUGAAUAACUGGAGAGCAUCUUUUGACCCUCAAGAUCCUGUUCAAGCCAGCCACUUUGUAUCAGAUGGAAGAACACUCUAUUGCCUUGAACUAACCAAAAAUUUAUACCCCGAAAAAUCCGAUACAGUAAACCAGAUGCAGGAAAUUGAAGAUUUAUUAUCCCAACUAAGUUAUAUUCCAUCAACGUUAUUUAUGUCAGAAGUUCCAUACAUAGAAUUUUUGGACAGAGUUCAUGCUUCAGAGCUAAAACUUCGAUCGAAAGGACUUUGGGAUCUCCCACACCCAUGGCUCAAUCUUCUAGUUCCUAAAAGCAAAAUACAACACUUCGCUAAGGAAGUUUUUGGCAACAUCCUUAAAGAUACUAACAAUGGCCCUGUUCUUGUCUACCCCAUUCAUAAAUCAAAGUUGGAUAACAGAACCUCAUUUGUUUCUCCAAAUGAAGAUAUUAUCUACCUGGUGGCCUUUUUAUCCCAUGCAAAUCCUUCAUCCAGUGGAACUGACAGUUUAGAACAUGUCUUAACUCAGAACAAAAGAAUAUUAGAUUUCUGUGAUGUGGCACACCUAGGAGUCAAGCAAUAUUUGCCUCAUUACACAACACAAGAACAGUGGAGGACCCACUUUGGUCCAAAAUGGGAAGUAUUUGUACAGAGAAAAUCUGCUUAUGACCCUUUAGCUAUGCUAGCACCUGGUCAGAGAAUUUUCCAAAAGGCAGUAUCAGUUUCAUAACAACUGAUAGCAGCGGAUAGAUAAAGAGUCAGAGAUGGGUAAAUAUGCAGCAGAAUGAAUAGAAAAUGAAAACUUGGUUGUAGCCAAUGUAAAUGUGAAUAGCUUAUUAACUUCACAUAUUUCUUAUGCCUUCUCUGCACAUGUAAGUUUAAGAGAAGGCUAGCUCCAGUAGCUCUUUAAGAUAUAGAUUAUUAGGCAACAGAAGUUAAUGUAUCAAGAUGCAAAGGAAAAAUAUUGACUCGAUGUAUGAAUUCUUUAAUUAAUAUUCAUGAUGUUGUAUUUCCUGUCCUGA